CAGCACACGAUCACUUAACUAACUGACAACCAAAUUAUGUUAUAUGUCAAAAGUCAACCCAAGUGUUUUUUAUACAAAAAAUAAUUCGAAUUUUAAAAAAUAUUAAAUAAUAAAGUAUGUAAAUUGUUUUUAAAAGUUUCACAAAAUUGUACCGAAUUUCUAAAAAAUGGCACUUUAUGACAACAAGUAUUGGUUACUAUCACAUAUUAGAAACUCUUUUAUAUCUACUGAUGACACAGGUAUGUGUGAAUUAGUUAUGUCUGGAGAAACUAAAGAUAUUCAACACCAUUUGAAAACAACAGAACUUUACCCAGAUCCAGAAACAAGUGAAGAUGAUGAGGAUGACUUUGAACCUUUCGAUUUGCAAAUAGAUAUGGACUUUAACAUUAGAGAAAGGUCUAAUACGGCGGCUCAAAUAGAAAAACUCGAGUUAGCACGUAAAAAAGCUGCAAAAAUGAGACAUAUUAAAUGGGAAUCUAGCGGGCAACCAAUUAAUUCAAACAAUUUUGAUGAUUUGUUUGUUAAGAAAGAUGUUACUACAGUGACAAAACCAAAAACAAACAUUUCAAAGUUGUCAGAACUUAUACAGUGCCAUUCGGAUGUUCCAAAAAAUCCUUACAUGGAAUAUGCUAAGUUUGAUGGAACAGGACAGGUAAACAUUCCUACGAAAAAAUAUAAAAUCUUCUUGACCAUGUUACCACCUCAACAAAGAAAUUAUCCGAUGGCUGUGUGCUGCGUUGCACAAGCUAAAGUACAGGAGCUUAUUGGGUUAACCUUACUGAAACUUAGUUACAGCCAUGGAACCGCAAAUUUAAAAAGCCCCUCCCAAUAUGGACUCUAUAUAACAGAAGAAGAUGGAGAAGUGGAUAGUGACUUUCCUUGUUUGGAUCCCAAGGAGCCGAUUUCGAAAUUUGGCUUUAUUUGUCUCGGAUUGGUCGAACACAAAGAUGCGGGAAAGUCUGUUUCGUUUCCUGAAGAUAAUUCAGUAUUGUUCACUAUAGAAGAACUCAAUAGGACUCGUACGGUGUCAGAAAAGAGUAAAACGGAUGAAAAUAAACAGAUGGAGAAUUAUAUACAAGCGGUAGAAGAUCAUAAUAAACUCAUGGAAGCUCCUUUAUACACUUCAUUUAGGGCAUUUUUGAUGAGCAAAGUAAAACCUAAAAUUGAGGUUAAUAUUGGAGUAAGUGGAGAGAGAAUAGAGAUUGACCCUGUGCCACAGAAAGGCUCAAAGUUAUUACCUUUCAAAGCUAAAGCUAUUAGUCACUCAAUCGAUAGUAUCGCUAGCUGUGAAAUAACUGACGACAAAGCUAGCAAAACUGGUUUUAGAAUUAUAUAUAGGUCCAGUAUGGUUAAUGGCCCAAUAGUGGAAGGAACUGUUUCUGAAGCCACAAACUACUCUCCUUCCCAGAGCACGUCCUACAAGCAUUACGACUUCGAAAGUAACCACAACAUUGCUGUAGAUUUGGUCCAAAAAAUUAAACUUAUUUUGGAACUAAAAUCAUCACCAACAAGGAUAGAAUACUUAGCGACCAAACAGAGGAAAAAUCAAAAAAAGAAAUCUUUUCAUAUUGUUAAGUGAUGGUUACUCUACUUAUGUUUGUAUAAUAAACAAAAAUAAAGCUUUAUCUUUAUUUUAUAUAAUAUUCAGGAAGUUUGAAUAUCGACUGCAGUGACAAUGUCAAUCAUAAUUAUAUCCUUCUGUGGUGAGGUCCAUUAUGUACCGAAUAGUAUUGUAAUGAUUUAAUAUUUAAUUUAUUAGAGUCUUUAACACUUA